UCUGCACCAACCCAACCCGACCACACUGCACAGAGAACAGUGGUUGCCACUGAGAAUGGCGAGCGAGACUACCGAGGCGCGGGCGCCCUUUCAGCCCGACGGGGCGUAUGGCUGGCGCUGUCCGGAGCACAGCGAACGCCCGGCUGAGCUCUUCUGUCGCCGCUGCGGGCGCUGCGUGUGCGCGCUCUGCCCGGUUCUGGGUGCGCACCGCGGCCACCCGGUGGGCCUGGCCGAGGAGGAGGCUGUGCGCGUGCAGAAACUAAUCGGGGACUGUUUAGAGUGUUUGGCAACCAAGAAGAGGCAACAUGCGGACAACAUAGCCCAUUUGGAAGACGCCGGGGAAAGGCUCAAGGUUUACGCAGACUCAAGUAAAGCCUGGCUGACACAGAAAUUCACAGAACUCAGAUUACUUCUGGAUGAAGAGGAAGUACUGGCCAAAAAAUUCAUUGAUAAAAGCACACAGCUCACCCUCCAGGUGUACCGGGAGCAAGCCGAGACUUGUGGGAAGCAGAUUGAGGUCAUGGAUGACUUCUCUACCAGGGUGUGGGGCAUGGGCCAGGAGCCCAACCCUGUUCAGCUGCUGCAGGCAUAUAUAGCCACCAAGACAGAGAUGGGACAGCAGAUGAGCCCCUCAGAGCUGAGCCACCCUGUGCCCCUGUCCUUCGAGCCUGUCAAGAACUUCUUUAAGGAGUUUGUGGAAGCCAUCGGGAACACGUUGCAGACACCAAUGGACACUCGCCUGAAGGAAAACAUAAACUGCCAGCUUUCAAACUCCUCCAGCACCAAGCCAGGCGCCUUGUUGAAAACCAGCCCCUCGCCAGAGAGAGCUCUCUUCUUGAAAUACGCCCGCACGCCGACGCUGGACCGGGACACGAUGCACGCGCGCCUGCGCCUGUCGCCGGACGGCCUGACCGUCCGCUGCUCGCUGCUGGGCCGCCUGGGGCCGCGUCCUGCGCCGCGGUUCGACGCGCUGCGGCAGGUGCUGGGCCGGGACGGCUUCGCAGCCGGACGCCACUACUGGGAGGUGGACGUACAGGAGGCCGGUGUGGGCUGGUGGGUGGGCGCUGCGUACCCGUCGCUGCGGCGCCGCGGAGCCUCUGCCGCCGCCCGCCUGGGCUGCAACCGCGAGUCGUGGUGCGUAAAGCGUUACGACCUAGAGUACUGGGCCUUCCAUGACGGCCAGCGAAGUCGCCUGCGGCCCCGCCGCGACCCCCACCGGCUCGGCGUCUUCCUGGACUACGAGGCCGGCAUUCUGGCCUUCUACGACGUGGCGGGUGGCAUGAGCCACUUGCACACCUUCCACGCCGCCUUCCAGGAGCCGCUCUACCCAGCCCUGCGCCUCUGGGAGGGGCCCAUCAGCAUCCCUAGGUUGCCCUAAGGGAGAUCAGGCUUCCUUUUCCUAGGCUUGUCUCCAGUUGUCCCCUGUGCGCCCUGAAAGGGGCACCCCGCUGCCUGUGUCUGGGAGACCCUCGUGCAGCGCCUAGAACCUCCUGGCACACAAUAUCAGUGAAUGUCUCUCAGCAGGGGCAAGUAGUUCCCCUACAGUUCCCGUUUGAGCCAGCUGCUCUCCAGCCACUUCAGCUUGUCCAGGUCGCCUCAAUCCAGUGCACCUAAGAGGGUUCUUGUCUGAGUCUGCAUCCUCUUGCUUCUUCAUCUUCUACACUAAAACCAGGGUGAGCAUCCUGAAACUUAGCUUGGCCUCUUGGGAUUAGAGGGAGGCUCUGAAAGAGCUACAAAAACAACACGGGAAGCACUUUUCCCAUGUCAAUCUUUUUCAGACAUGCUCCUGUCAGAAGCUAGAUCACAGUUGCACCUUUAAACCAUUGUGCUUCCCACCAUAAAUAGGAAAACCGGCUCUCUGCCUGUGUCAGUCCUCAGGCAUAUCUGCCCCCAAGAAAUUCCCUCCCAAGCCCCAAAAAAACAACAGAUUGGGCCUGCAAAUCCCUCCACCACACCCCCUCAGAAAACAAUUAGGCCUGUAAAUCUGGGACCUGUCACUCCAGUUGCUUUCUAAGGACAUCCGUGUCCUUCCCUCCCAGGCACUUCCUGGGUGAUCACGGGUCCAAAGGGCAGGACAUACCUAACGGGAGAUGCUACAUCUCCUUCAUUCACAGGACCAGAGCUUUAAGCACACCCUCCACUGCAGGAGGGGCCGGGCCAGGUGUCUCUUACUAGGCGCUGUUGAACAUAGUCAUACACUAUACGCACUUGACCCUUACAAACCAUUUGUACCCCUGGCAGGAUUGGUACACGUGAGUCAGAUAACAGAAUGGUCAGGAUCCAUGCUGCCUGCCAGGCUGUGCUGUAGGUGUGACAGCUCUUCUCCCUCAGUAUUUACCUCAGUUUUCCUUGGGGCAAACCUGCUUCUAGAUUGCCUUCAUUGGUCCCUGAAAUGAGGUUUCAUACCCUUCAGGCUGAGGGAUGAAAUCGUUUGAGGGGAUCUUAGCUUCCUGUCAGCUGUGUGGGCCUCCAUCUGUAAAACGUGGGUCAGUGCCAGGUUUAAACAAGCCAAACUGCCUUAAAAACUAUAAUGUCGAAUCAGGCUAGGAUUUGUUAGCACCUCCAAUAGAUUCUUUCUACCUUGUUGCAGUGCUGGACCACAGAUGGCCAGCAGCUGGGUGGCAGCCGAGGGAGCUAGCUGCCUUAAUAUUCUCAGGGGAGUCUCCUUGGCAUCCAUGCUGUUGAAGGUACAAAGCAUGUGUCUUCAUGCUCCUGACUUUGUAGAAUUUACCUCAAAGGUACACAAUUGAUUUUCCUGGUGCUUGGUCUAGAACCAGUGGCCUUGCACAUGCUCAGCAAGGGCUUCAGGCCCAGCAGGUGUUUGUAAAAAAAGGCUUAGUCAAAGCCAGGGAAGUGGAAGACAGAAACAGUCCCCCCCUUCCCCCUUUGGUUUUUUGAGACAAGAGUUUCUCUGUGUAGCCCUGGCUGUCCUGGAACUCACUCUGUA